UUGGCAAGAGCAAUUGCGUGCUUGCAAGAGAGGAAUCCAAGCAUGGACAAGAAAUUGGAUCUGUCCAGACUAUCAGAAGAGGAGGCUAAACAUGUGUGGGAGGUCAUUCAGAGAGAUUUUGUCCUCAGAAAACAGGAGGAGGAGAGGCUUGGGGAGCUUAAAUCCAAAAUCGAGAAAGAGGAAACAAAGAGGGAGCUUCUGUCAUCUCAAUCAAACCUGGCAGACACUCAUUGCAUUCACUGUCUGCAACCCUUUAAGUUCCUGGUGAACAGCAAACGCCAGUGUUUGGACUGCAAACUCUAUACCUGCAAGACCUGCAGCCGCUAUAACAAGAAAGAGCAUGGCUGGGUGUGCGACCCCUGUCGCAUGACCAGAGUCCUGAAAAUGGGAACCUUGGGGUGGUUCCAUGACAAUGUGCACUCUCGCUUUAAGCGUUUCGGCAGUGCUAAAGUGAUGAGGUCAUUGUACAAGAGAUUAAAUGAAGAGGGGCACCGUGUUGAUGACACACAGAGCAUGCCUGAUGUCCGCCAUGUAUAUAACGGUCACGAUGAUGAACAUAUAGAUGCAGCUGAAGCUCAACAUUAUAAACAGAUCCGAAAGACCAAGCGUCUACUGUCUGUUCACCCUAUGGAUCUUGACAUGGAUGAUUAUGGCCCUCAAUCAUGCAGACAGUCUGUCCAGUACAUCCAAGAGAGAGGUCAGCGGAAUGAUCUAGAACACACCACUGAUAUGCACCAUCAACAUCGCACGAACCGCAGGAAAAGUCUAGACAGGUUUUCGCGCCCAGAUGAUGGCCUGUACACUGAACAAAGAAUUGUACGCGCUCGCUCUCUUUCUAAAAUCAAUUCCACCCUGGCUCCACGCCAGAUCUAUGUGGACACAUCAGAUGAGGAGGAUAUGUUCCGUUAUCCAGUCUACCAGCUGCCACCACGACGCCGCAGCCGGGCAUCAUCUCAAGAAAACAUUCAGCAGGGAGCUCCACCGAUCAAUGAACUGAGCAAAAGAAUGUCUGCCAUUGAGAGUCUCCUAAAUCGACUGGAAGAGAAAAUGACUGUGCCUGCUGAACAGCUUGUCCAGCCCUCAGCAGGGCAGCUGGAGGAGGAGAAGCUCAGGAAAAAAUUAGAUGAGCUGAUGAGUGACAGGGCCCUUUCCUCUGAUGAGGAUGAGCCGAAGAAGAUUCCUCAGUCCAAGGGGACCACUGUAAGUGGGAGACCACAGGGAGACCAGGCACCUAUUGCCCCUCAAGAACCCUUGAGCUCCUCCAGCGAUGAGAUGCUCACCGAAGAACAAAAGGUUUAUUUGACUGCAGGGAAGUCUUUCGAUAUGGCAAAGAAGUUGAGAAUGAUUGAGCAGAAUACUAAGAAUCACUACUUUGGCCCGCUUACUGAUUCAGAACUUUCUGAACUAGAGGACCAAGUUGCUUUGGCAGCUACCAAAGUUCAAAGCACAGAGAGUGAGGUCUCGGACAUUGAAAACAAGAUAGCUGCUCUGAGUGCUAAAGGACAAUCAAUUGACAAAGCUAAGAGAAAGACACUGAGUCAACAACAUAAAAGGAAGUUUUCCCAAGACAUUCCUUCAAACAGAGUGCAUUUUUAAUCCGAAACAAGACAUCACUUGUCUUUAACUAUAUGUUGAUCUUCAUGAACUGCUUUUUAUCCAUCUUUAUCCAUUUGCUUUAUAUUCAUCCAUGUACCCAGUUUUUAAUAUAGACUCUCCGGUCAAUAUUUAAAAGUUCUUAAUGGGUGUAUUUUUAAAAACAAAAACACUCAUACUGACCCUGGCACAGUGGUUCAUAAACACGUCACUUUAUAUUUCUCCCUUAUCUGACAUGUUCUGUCCUGACAAUCUGAUUAACAGCUGAUGAUCAUGUUUGUUAACCAAGUGCACUUACCCUGGUCAAAAAAAUCAUUUUACAGUUGUAGUUUAUCCUAUUGGAUCCCAUUGGACUUGUAGAACCCAA